GGGGGCGGCGGCAGCGGGACGGGCCGCGCCGCGUUAUGGCCGCCACCGCCGCCAACCCGGAAAUGGCAUCAGAUGUCUCCUCGCUGGGCGCAGCCGUCGGCUCAGGGAACCCCGGGGCCGGAGCUCAGACUGGAGGAGCCAUCGUGCAGAGGGCAGCCAAGAGGCGUCCUGGGCUUGAUUUUGAUGAUGAUGGCGAAGGGAACAGUAAAUUCCUCAGGUGUGAUGAUGACCCGAUGCCAAACGACAAGGAGCGAUUUGCCAGGUCUGAUGAUGAGCAGAGUUCAGCGGAUAAGGAGAGACUUGCCAGGGAGAAUCACAGCGAGAUCGAACGUAGGCGGAGGAACAAAAUGACUGCCUACAUCACGGAGCUGUCUGACAUGGUGCCCACCUGCAGCGCCCUGGCACGCAAACCAGACAAGCUGACCAUCCUGCGAAUGGCCGUGUCCCACAUGAAGUCCCUGCGUGGCACAGGCAACACGUCCACGGACGGCACCUACAAACCCUCCUUCCUCACUGAUCAGGAGCUCAAACACCUCAUCCUGGAGGCGGCCGACGGCUUUCUGUUCAUCGUGUCCUGUGAGACGGGGAGGGUGGUUUACGUCUCGGACUCCGUGACUCCCGUCCUCAACCAGCCCCAGUCGGAGUGGUUCGGCAGCACGCUGUACGACCAGGUGCACCCGGACGAUGUGGGCAAGCUGAGGGAGCAGCUCUCCACCUCCGAGAACGCGCUGACAGAAGGAACCAAACCCUGGUGCCUUUCUAACAAGGAUCCUGCAGCCCCCCCUGAGAGUGCAUCUAAAGGUCGCAUCCUGGAUUUGAAGACGGGGACUGUCAAGAAGGAGGGGCAGCAGUCCAUGAGGAUGUGCAUGGGCUCCCGGAGAUCCUUCAUCUGCCGCAUGAGGUGUGGCAACAGCUCAGUGGAUUCAGUGUCUGUAAAUCGUCUCAGCUUCAUGAGGAAUCGCUGCAGGAACGGCUUGGGCGCGACGAAGGACGGAGAGCCUCACUACGUGGUGGUGCAUUGCACGGGUUACAUCAAGGCCUGGCCCCCUGCAGGUGUUUCGCUGCCUGACGAUGACCCAGAUGCUGGCCAGGGCAGCAAGUUUUGCCUCGUGGCCAUCGGCCGGCUGCAGGUCACCAGCUCACCCAACUGCACAGACAUGAGCAACGUUUGUCAGCCAACAGAGUUCAUCUCCCGGCACAACACGGAAGGCAUUUUCACCUUCAUAGACCACCGCUGUGUGGCCACUGUUGGCUACCAGCCACAGGAACUCCUGGGGAAGGACAUUGUGGACUUCUGUCACCCAGAGGACCAGCAGCUUUUGCGGGACAGCUUUCAGCAGGUGGUGAAGUUAAAAGGCCAGGUUCUGUCAGUCAUGUUCCGAUUCCGAUCCAAAAACCGGGAAUGGCUCUGGAUGAGAACCAGCUCCUUUACCUUCCAGAACCCCUACUCGGAUGAAAUUGAGUACAUCAUCUGUACCAACACCAACGUCAAGAACUCAAGCCAGGAAUCUCGACCUGCCCUGUCAAACCCAAUGCAGAGGCCCCAGCUGGGGCAGAGUGUCAGCCUUCCCCUGGAGAUGGGCACAGCGCAGCUGCCCUCAAGGCAGCAGCAGCCACCGCCGCCGCAGGCAGAGUUGGAAGUGGUCCCAGGAAGAGAGAGCCUGUCCGGGUACGAGCAGGUCCCCGUGCAGCCCGCCGCCGCCGGGCCGGAGCACAGCAAGCCGCUGGAGAAGGCGGAGAGCCUCUUCAACCAGGAGAGGGACCCGAGGUUCGGGGAGAUCUACAGCGGCAUCAAUGCAGACCAGAACAAAGCCAUUCCUGCCAGCUCGCUGCCUGCCGCUCCCCCGCUGUUCCCGCAGGGAAACGCUUUCACGCCGUCGCGGCCCGCUGACGGCUUCAGGAGCGGCAGCCUGGUGCCUCCGGUGAACAUCGUCCAGCAGCAGCCGGCGGCGUCGGGCCGGAUCCUGGCUCAGAUCUCACGCCACGCCAGCCCCGCUCAGGUCAGCGGGAGCAGCUGGGCGGCCGGGACCCGACCGGCGUUCACGGCCCAGUUUCUUGCUGCCUUACAGCAGGUGGCCUCGCAAGCAGUGAAGGCCCGGCCUCCUUCCUUCAGCAUGGGGACGUUCCAGGGCACCCCGUCCUCCUUCAGCCCCAUGGCAGCUCCAGGCUCCGCGGCUUCCCCCGGCAGCUCUGCGUUCCCAAACCUCCCCGGCCGCGGCGUGGGCUUCACCGCAGAUGCAGCGCAGGCCCCCGCCUCGUUCCAGCCCCGGGCGGCGGCCGAAGGAGUGGGGAUGUGGCCGCAGUGGCAGGGCCAGCAGCACGGCGCGGCGCCGGGGGAGCAGCACGUGCAGCAGCCCGGCCAACCCGAGGCCUUCUCGGACAUGCUGACCAUGCUGGGAGACCAAGGCCCCAACUACAACAACGAGGAGUUCCCCGAGCUGAACAUCUUCCCUUCUUUUUCAGAGUAAAACUGGAGCUCUGGGGGCGGAGCGGCCGCGCGCUGUAACGUUAAACCUGCGCCUAAGGGAAGCAAAGGCGCCGCUCUGGUGGGGCUCAAAGGCUGCUGAACUUUGUGAACUCUUUGCCUGCUGGAGGCUCCGUGCUGCCCGGGGCGCUCAGUGGGACUGAAGGGCGGCCGCCCCCCUUUUGUCCCCCAGACUCCCGAGGCGGCUUUUCCUGUUUGUAUUUCCCUCUUCUCUACCGCGACUUUUCUAUAAAAACACAAAAGGA